UCCACAAGUACCAGGAGCGUUAGUUUAAGGUGCGGAACUCAACGGAUAUAAGACUUGUCCACAAGUGAAUAGGGUGUGGUGAGCAACAGCGCCACUGCAUCGGAAACGAACCAAAUGGGUAGCGUUGGCGUUGGUGCGGCAAUAGCAAUAGCAACUAGGAACCUCCGUUUUGUAAAACCUUAUGCAUCAGCACUUGUUUAUUUGUCACUCUACGCCACACCUAAACCUCUCUUUCUCCGACCUUCUCCUUUCUCCUCACGCCGCUGCUUCUGCGCCGCCGCAACACUUCGCUCCGCCGAAAAAGUAGGUGAAUUCCGCAAGAAGCUUAGGGUUGCCGAUGUUAAAGGCGAAGGCCUCGACUUGCUCGGCCACAACCUCGUCCUCAAAGGCUGGGUUCGCACUCUUCGCCUUCAGAGUAGCGUCACCUUCAUUGAGGUUAAUGAUGGUUCGUGCCUUUCUAACAUGCAAUGUGUGAUGGACUCGGAGGUUGAAGGCUAUGAUCAGGUAGAAUCUGGCUUGAUUACUACUGGUGCGUCUAUAUGGGUGCAAGGAGUUGUGGUGAAGAGCCAAGGCUCUAAACAAAAUGUGGAAUUGAAGGUCAACAAAAUAGUACUGAUCGGCAAGAGUGACCCCUCCUUUCCCAUCCAAAAGAAAAGAGCCAGCAGAGAAUUUCUAAGAACAAAAGCACAUCUACGUCCGAGGACAAAUACUUUUGGUGCAGUUGCUAGGGUUAGGAAUGCACUCGCCUAUGCCACACACAAGUUCUUCCAAGAAAAUGGGUUUGUCUGGGUCUCAAGUCCUAUUAUCACAGCUUCGGAUUGUGAGGGAGCGGGUGAACAAUUUUGUGUUACUACCUUGAUACCAAGUUCUCAAGAAGCUGCUGAUUCUCCUGUUGAUGCUAUUCCAAAAUUGAAUGACAGAUUAAUUGACUGGUCACAAGACUUUUUUGGAAAACCAGCAUUCUUGACUGUUUCCGGUCAACUCAAUGCUGAAACUUAUGCUACUGCUCUUUCUGAUGUGUAUACAUUUGGUCCCACAUUCCGAGCAGAAAAUUCUAACACUUCUAGGCACUUGGCUGAAUUUUGGAUGAUUGAACCGGAGCUUGCAUUUGCUGAUCUAAAUGAUGACAUGGCUUGUGCAACUGCCUAUCUCCAGUUUGUGAUAAGAUAUGUUCUCAAUAAUUGCAAAGAAGACAUGGAGUUUUUUGAUACAUGGAUUGAUAAGGGAAUCAUUGAUCGCUUGAGUGAUGUAGCAGAUAAAGACGUUGUGCAAAUAACCUACACGGAAGCAAUAGAUCUACUGUCACGAGCAAAUAAGAAAUUUGAAUUUCCGGUGAAAUGGGGUUGUGAUCUCCAGAGUGAACAUGAGCGUUAUAUAACUGAAGAGGUAUUUGGUGGAUGCCCUGUUAUAAUCAGAGACUACCCAAAGGAUAUUAAGGCAUUCUAUAUGCGACAGAAUGAUGAUGGAAGGACAGUUGCAGCCAUGGACAUGCUGGUUCCAAGGAUUGGCGAACUUAUUGGCGGAAGUCAAAGAGAAGAACGACUUGAGUAUCUAGAAGCUCGUUUAGAUGAUUUAAAGCUGAAUAAGGAUGCAUAUUGGUGGUAUCUUGAUCUGCGUCGUUAUGGUUCAGUGCCUCAUGCAGGCUUUGGUUUGGGCUUUGAAAGACUCGUCCAAUUUGCUACAGGAAUGGAUAAUAUAAGGGACGUGAUUCCUUUUCCUCGAACGCCCGGCUCGGCUGAGUUUUAGACCUUGUACAUAACAUUCAUUUGUAUGAUUCAAAUUAUGUAUUUUGGCCAAUAUAGUCUCUUUCGUCUUUUAUUUAUUUAUUUUUAAAAUAAAAAAGUUCAAAUAUUCCUAUGGUUUGUUUUUGAAUCAUUUACACCCCUAUAUAUAU